AAAAUAGAUAAAAACAGGAGUUUAAUCAAGUUUGACAUUCUUUUCAGACGUUUCAUUUUCUCUCCUCAAAAAUAAAAAUAAUUUCUCAUAUUUUUCCACUCUACAAGUAAUGGCUAGCUCCUCAAAUCCGUAUGUUAAUAAAAUUGGCUGUCCUUACCAUCCGAAUGUACCGCUGAUUGAAGAUUAUCGAGCAGGUGAUCAAAUUUGCUCGGAAUGCGGAUUAGUCGUCGGAGACAGAAUUAUCGAUGUUGGAUCUGAAUGGCGAACGUUUAGCAAUGAAAAAGCUGGCGUCGAUCCUUCACGUGUUGGAGGUCCAGAGAAUCCUCUCCUGAGCGGAGCAGAUUUAUCGACAAUAAUUGGUCCAGCAACUGGCGCAGCCUCCUUCGAUGAUUUCGGCGUCUCUAAAUAUCAAAAUCGCCGAACAAUGAGCAGCUCGGAUCGCACGUUGAUCAACGCAUUCCGUGAAAUAAGUUCAAUGUCAGACAGAAUAAAUCUCUCGCAAACAAUAAUUGAUCGCGCGAAUAAUCUCUUUAAGCAGGUGCACGAUCAGAAGGUAUUGAAGGGACGUGCAAAUAAUGCAAUAUGCUCGGCUUGUUUGUAUAUUGCUUGUCGCCAGGAAGGCGUACCGCGCACAUUUAAGGAAAUAUGCGCAGUGAGCAGUGUCAGUAAAAAGGAGAUUGGCAAAUGUUUUAAAUUAAUUUUAAAGGCACUGCAAACAAAUGUCGAAGUCAUAACAACUGGCGAUUUUAUGUCACGUUUCUGCGCCAAUUUACAAUUACCAAAUAAUGUGCAACGUUGCGCGACACAUAUCGCACGGAAAACAUCAGAAUUGAAUAUCAUAUCAGGAAGAUCGCCAAUUUCUGUUGCUGCCGCUGCAAUUUACAUGGCAUCGCAGGCUUCGGAUCACAAGCGAUCGCAAAAAGAAAUCGGAGAAAUUGCCGGCGUCGCUGAUGUGACAAUAAGACAAGCCUAUCGAAUAAUGUACUCGAAAGCGUCAUUACUAUUUCCUGACGACUUCAAAUUUGCAACGCCAAUUGAUCAAUUGCCGCAAAUGUAAAAAGAGAGAAAGAGUUUCGCAUGAAACUCACCCCACCCAAAAAAAAAGAAAGAUUGUGCUAUUUUUUUCUCUAAAUAAUAAUAAGGGAGAGACGUUGCAGUUUACUUUUUAUUCCAUUAGAACUUUUUCUUCUUUGCCUUUUUUUCUUUUAUUUAUUAUUAUUUUUUUUUUAAUUUAUUUUUUGCUCUUUUUUUAUUUCCAUUUUAACAAGAAACAAAAUAGACAUUCCUUUUUGAAGGAGAAUAAAAAAAAAUAAAAGUAGAAGAACAAAAAAAACUA